CACAGAGCGGAGAGAAGAGGGAGCGGAGAAGGAGCUCAUCAUAUUUGGAGUAUUUACAGUAGAAAGAAGUUUCCUUCUCCGCGGAACUAAAGACAAACACACAGACGAACGGCUGGUUCCACUCCAGUGAUGUCUUCCCUGUGGUGGGAGCAGUGGCCCCUGCAGGCGGCAAACGGAACCUCUCCCCCCGGCUUCGCUGACAACAGUAGCUGCUACAGCUCCACACAGAGCACCGUGCUCAAGGGAGUGGGCUUUGGAGGAGUGCCAGUCGUGCUACUGAUUGAUUUCUCUGUCUUUCUGGUGUUGCUGGUCGUCUUCUCUAUAAUCAGGAGGAAGUUCUGGGACUAUGGGCGUCUGGCAUUGGUUGCAGACAACGAUGGGUUUACUGAUUCAACACGCCGUCGCUAUGGACACAAGUCAUCCUUAGUGGCCAGUGUGGAUGAGUUUGAGCAGGAACUGGGAUUCUGCUCCUGGCUGCCUUACAUCCUCAGAAUGGAUGAGGACAAAAUAAAAACCAGAUGUGGCAUGGAUGCUGUUCACUACCUGUCAUUCCAGCGUCAUCUCCUCAUUCUGCUCAUGGUCGUAACUGUCACCUCCCUGGCAAUCAUACUGCCUGUCAACAUGACUGGAGACCUGCUGGAUAAUGAUCCACACAGUUUUGGAAGGACAACUGUUGGGAAUCUUCAAAAGGGAAACAACCUGUUGUGGCUGCACACAGUGUUUGCAGUCCUGUACCUGAUCCUGACAGUUGUUCUGCUGAGACAUUACACGUCACAACUGAAAGGCAUGCGCAGAGAAACAACCAGAAAUACAUUGUUUGUGUGUUCAGUUCCUAAAACAGCGACAGAGGAAGCUGUAAAGACCCAUUUCAUAGAGGCGUACCCUUCCUGCCGAGUGUGUGCUGUGACCCUGGGCUAUAACGUGGCCAAGCUCAUGCACCUUGAUAAGGAAAGGAUACGAGCUGGAAAAAACCUGCGCUACUACGAGCGUGUGUUCGAGAAAACAGGGAAGCGUGAGCUGAUUGACCCUCGUGUGUGUAGUCAGCUUUGUUGCUGCUCCAGCUCUUCAAAGGUUGAUGCGAUAGAGUACUACAGCACUAAAGAAAAAGACCUGCUGGAGGAGGUGAGGAAGCAGACAGAACUGGUGCCACAGCACCCCCUGGGGAUGGCCUUUGUCACCCUGCAGACUGAGGCUAUGGCAAAGUACGUUUUGAAAGACUUCAACGCACUCGAGUGUGGCGGGACAAGCUGCUGCUGCGGGAGGAUGCCCCAACCUUCAUCUGAGAGUGGAACUCUGAAAGUGAAGAAGUGGAACGUCAGCUAUGCACCCCAUCCCAAAAAUGUGUACUGGGACAAUCUGUCAUUGCGCGGGUUUCGCUGGUUCAUGCGCUAUCUGAUGCUCAACUUCUUCCUGUUCUUCCUGCUCACCUUCCUCACGACUCCCACCAUCAUUAUCAGCACCAUGGACAAGUUCAACGUGACGAAGCCCAUCCGCUAUCUCAAUAGCCCCAUCAUCAGUCAGUUCUUCCCCACUCUCCUGCUGUGGACGUUCUCUGCACUGCUGCCAACCAUAGUGUACUAUUCGACAAUAGGAGAGGCACACUGGAGCAGGUCCAGUGAGCAGCUGAGCAUGAUGCGUAAACUGUACUUCUUCCUGCUCUUCAUGGUGCUAAUCCUCCCCUCGCUGGGACUCACCAGUCUUGCAGUGUUUUUCCGCUGGCUGUUUGACACAGAGUUUCUCGCAGGUGGAAAACUGAGGUUUGAGUGUGUGUUCUUACCUGACCAAGGAGCGUUUUUUGUCAACUACGUGAUCACAGCGGCCCUGGUGGGCUCUGGGAUGGAGCUGCUGCGGUUGCCAGGGUUACUGAUGUACACCAUUCGUAUGGCAUUUGCUCGCUCUGCUGCUGAAAGGAAAUAUGUCAAACAGAACCAGGCCUAUGAGUUUGAAUAUGGAGCCAUGUACGGCUGGUUCCUGUGUGUGUUCACUGUCAUUAUGGCUUACAGCAUCAUAUGUCCCAUCAUUGUGCCUUUUGGUCUCCUGUACAUGAUGCUGAAGCACCUGGUGGACAAACACAACCUGUACUUUGCCUACCUGCCUGCUCGCUUAGACCGCCAGGUCCACCUGGGAGCUGUCAAUCAAGCUAUGGCCGCGCCCAUCAUCUGCCUCAUAUGGCUCUACUUCUUCUCUGUCCUCAGAUCAGGUUUCUGGACGGCCACUUCUCUGUUCACGCUGGUGGUCCUUUGCAUCACUGUCUUCAUCUGCAUCAGCUACACCUGCUUCGGCCUUUUCAAGUACCUCAGUCCACACAACUACACGGUGAAAGACGAGGAUGAGGAUAAGGUGGAGGGAGUGGAAGAAAACACCAUGGUCUACCUUCCCAGAGUGCUUAAUCCCAAAUCACCUGCCAGCACAACAGAGGAGUCUAAACUCCAGCAGUCUUAUGGCUCUACAGACGGCAGCCCGGCCCACAGCCCCACCCCCGUGACGGAGAGCAUGUCCGAUGGCUGAAUCAGCGUGUUUCAGCGCUGAGUCAAAGCUUUGGAGUCAAGAUGCCCUCGACUCCUGAUCGUAAAUCUGUCUUCUUUAUCAUUAUAUCAGCAUCGAAGUCAGAGUUUGAAUUCACCUCCAUCCUACUGCUCAGUCAGACACAGUUUGUCCCACUGAGAGCAAAUCUCCAGAUGGUAUGAGAGUAAUACAGGAAAUGGACUCCAAAGAUAUGAGCUUAAAGUACCAGUGGGGACAGUGGGUUAAAUUUAAAUUGCUUUCUGAUGGAAAGAAGGCACAAUAUUAGUAGGAAUUUAUUUAAUAUAUUCAGAUUAUUAUUUGCACAUGAUCAGCACAAACAUCCAUGAGGAAUUUGCUAAGUAGGGAUGCACCGAUUCAUCAGCCAAACAUCAAUAUUGGCUGAUAUUUACCUUGUUGACUGUCAGCGGCCUAAAGGCAAAUAAGAAUACUUUUACCAAUAACAGUAGCCGAUGUUUUUCUGUUGUGUCACAUCAAUUUUGCGCAGACUAAAAAGCAGGGCUUGAGACUAAUGUCCUGUCGUCCAAGGCACAAUAGAAAAUUGGGACAAAGAAAGAUCUUACCAGGGGUGUUAUCAGGACAAAAGGACUGUCAAUGUGUCAGGGGAUGCAUUUAUCCUAUUUAUUCCCUGAUAAUGCACAUUAUGAACAACAAAUCUGUGUUGACAUCGGCAGGAGGAGAGCUAGUUAUCGUUAGCUGUUAGCAUCUAGAACAGAGGUUUCGACUGACUGACUAUGAUGCAUUUAAAUUUUAUUCAGUAAAAAAGAGUAUUUGGCAAAGGUCAACUAUAACAUAUAUGUUUGAAUGUAAUCUUGUAGAACAGGCCUAUUCAGUUGGAGGCCCGCGGCCACGUCUGCAACCUCCGAGUGGCCCGGCUAGGGAUGAGUACUGAGACGCGGUAUUAAACGACCCUGAUCAAAAUUAAUCAAGACUGUAGUAUUAACAAGCUCCAACAUUAUCGGCUCUUUUAUCAAUACUUUUUAAAGUUUUGGUUUCAUGUAUCACAAGGCUACUUUUACUGCAUUAAUUUGCAUUUGUUUAAAAUUUGUCAUUACCAAAAGCUAAUUAGAAAUUUCAAUAGGUCACUUGUGGCUGAAAAUGUCUGGCCCAUCAACAUUUUCUGGUUUUAAAAUUAGGCUCAAUUGAAUUUUUAAUUGGAUAGCCCUACUGUUGAACUUAGUGUUUGGCGAGACUUGAAUAAAUAAAAUUGUUUGAAUGAGAAUUUUUUUAUGUUUUCACAGCAAAUGAACAUGAUAAUAGAGAGGGAAUUAGGGCUGCCCCCUGGUAGUCGACCAAAAGUUAGUCGAACAGUAAGGUAAGGAAAAAAAACCCCGUGAAACUCUAUUAGGAGCUGCGCCUUGUCAAAAUAAAUCAAAAUCUAUAUGACUGGACCAUGUGGGAAUUUAAUUUGAAAGGACAGACACAGGAAGUGUCCACGCUCAGCAGUCAGACAGGGGUCAGGUUAAUUUCCAGGGCUGGUACCUGCGGUCAUUCCACAGGCUAGUUAAUAACAUGUCGGGCAGGAAAUCCAAAGUGUGGGAUCAUUUUGAGAAGGUGAAGGACGAACCCAAGGUGAUAUGUAAACUCAUCUUCAUUGGUCGACUACAAACAUGACGUAUCAUCUGAAACAUGGAAGUAGCUACAUGCCCAUUAGCCCACAGCGUCAUUAACAGGCGGCUCGCUCAGUGUGUGACGUGCACUUGGAGAUAAAAUAUAGGCCUAUAUUAAUGAAGGUUCAUUAGUACGGUUUGUAUUUCUCUGUAAUGUAGCACAGUGUUAACAAUGUUACUGAUACUGUUCUUUCUCACACCUUCAACUCAAACCACCAAAAUAUAUCAUUUAAUAAUUACAUUAAUAUCAUAAACAUGCGGGCGACUAGUCGACUAAUGGCCCUAAAUGAUGACUAUCGGUCGACCAGGAAAAUUCUUAGUUGGGGGCAGUACUACAACUUGUAAAACUUGAGAAACUUGAAUAAGUACAGUUGUUUAAAUGAGAAAUUUUCUGAUGUUUCCCCAGCAAAAGAAAACAGAUAUUAGAGAGGGAAUUAUGAUGUAUUAUAAUGGGUAAAAAGGCUUUGGAAGACAUUUUAAAAAUGUGUUUUUCAUGACUGAAUUUGUAGCUGUUCCGUUUUUUUUAUCAUAAUGAAGAUUUGUUUGGUUCCCUGACACAAAAGGGGAAAUAAACAACGACAAAAACAAACAAAGCAACAACAAAAAAAACCUGUUACUGCCUAUCAGCCAAAUUGUUAUUUUCCAACAUUGGUAUCGGCCCACAGUUUCACAAUCGGUGCAUCCCUACUGCUUCGUCUUCGAUUUUUACUUUUUCUGUAGAGACCUCUCUGACCAAAUCAUCAAGGAAUGUUUAUCCAAAACCUGCCAAGUAAAAAAAAGCCAUAAUGUUUGUUAAACUCUGGAAUUCAUUCAUUGCACAUGCUAAAGCCAGUUACACAAGUAUUACCAGAAGAAGAUAAUCAAUCCAACAACAGUGAUGCCAAAGAGUCGGACCAGCAGAGCUUUCUGUUUGUUCGUUUAUCCAGAUUUCUUCCCAGUGCCUUUUCUUUGAUGUCAGAGGGCAACACCUGCCAAGGGAAUAACUUAUUGCCUCAUGUUAAUAAUGCACUUUUUGUAUCAGGAGAGGCCUGUUUUGUGUUUACUAACAACAUCUUAAUGCUGGCUUUUGUAAUUAGACACGAGAACCAAUGUUUAUAUCAGUAUUGAAACCAAAACUUUUUGUUUAAUCCACACAUGAGAAUUGUUAGAGACAUUAUGUUGUAUUAUUGUUUAACAAUAGACAAUCAUGCUGUUCCUUUAAUUAAGGAAUGUUUUAACAGGUCAACGUUUAUUUGUAUUUAAUGUACUUUAAAGUUAUGUUUUUAGAGCUUUUUUUUAAUUCUGCAUUUUAACAAGGAGCUGAAACAAGAAACCUGUAACUGUACAGUGGGUUGGUACUAAGAGUGUUUAAGUUCGGACUGUAUAUGUAAAGAGAAACUCAGCCUUAACUUUGUAUAUGGUGAUUUAAAUUUCAAUUUUACAUGCUGUUUUAAAAUACAACAGGAACUGCUUUACAGUUA